GAUAAAGGCAUGCUUAAGAGGAAACACUCUAUCUGAAACAAUGUCCUCGGUUAGUCCUGAAAAUGAAGGUUUGAAAAGAGGUGAGGUGAACUUUAAAGCUGAAGGACAAAAACAAAGGAUUGUUUCAAUAGUACUUGGAGUGUUGCUGACAAUAGCCGUUAUAGCUUUUAUAACGAUUUUGGCCAUUCAUCUGAAAGUAGUUGAUGGUGGGUGGAGUUCGUGGGGAGAAUGGUCGUCUUGCACAAAAACUUGUGAUGUCGGAGCAAAAUAUAGAAUCAGAAGUUGUAGCAAACCUUUCCCAAAAAAUGGAGGAGUUGACUGCAUCGGCUUGUCGAUUGAUUUUUCGACCUGUAAUACAAAACCAUGUGAUGAAUGGCCAGGAGAGAGGAAGUGAAAAUUUUGUGAACAUCUUGUGUAAUUUCCCUUCGAUUUGGAUGCAUAUCUUCUCAUUAAAUAAUCGAAUGUUCAGCGCUUAUUCACUAAGCUUUGUCGAGAUU